GGGACAAUAAGGACCAUGCACCGACCCAGUGGGGUGGCCAGUACUUUCUCUAUAGACUCCCUGAUUGGAAGCCCACCUGCCCGGCCAGGCCAUGUUCUGUACACAGGGUACCCCAUGUUUAUGCCAUACAGACCCCUUGUUAUACCCCAGAGUUUGCCUGCAUCUCCCCUCCCCCCCCUGGGACCUGUCACCCCUUUCACUGGACGCCUGAAUCAUAGUUUCUGUGCCAGCAUGGGACAAGGACUUCCAUCCAUGGUGACAAUCAACACUGCUCUGCCCAGCUUCAGGGACUCCGUGGACGCUCUCUACUCCCAGGAACCUAUUGAUAGAUCCCCGGACUCAGAGGAAGGAAUCCGGCAGCAAGAAGCUCAGAGGACCCAAGAGAAAACUUCUGAAACCUUCACCAACCUGGCAGGGGAUGGAAAGUUGUGCAGCUCGGAUGAGGAGAAGACGGCAGGAAGGUUGUCGGAGUCGGCUGGGAGUGACCAUGAAGAAGACGAGACCUCUGGAGACAGCUGUGGAGAUGAGAAUCUUCAGGAUCAUGGAAAUGGCCCCACACGAGGCCGAGGGAAAGGGAAGAACAGCCCCCAGGACCCAGCAAAAGCCGGGACUGCUGGGAAAAGUCGUAGACGGAGGACGGCCUUCACCAGCGAGCAGCUCCUGGAGCUGGAGAAGGAGUUCCAUUGUAAGAAGUACUUGUCCCUGACGGAGAGGUCUCAGAUCGCGCACACGCUGAAGCUCAGUGAGGUCCAAGUGAAAAUCUGGUUUCAGAACCGCAGAGCCAAAUGGAAACGCAUCAAAGCCGGGAACGUCAACAGUCGUGCCGGAGAACCCGUCCGCAAUCCCAAAAUCGUGGUGCCCAUCCCAGUGCACGUCAACCGCUUCACCAUCAGAACACAACAGAUGGAGGGAUCCCGACCGUAA